GUAUCUGAUAUAAACUCAUUAAACGAGCAAUACUAUUUGUAUAAGAAAUAUAGCUAGGCUUCAAGAAAUUUAUAAAGGGUUGGAUCAAGAUUUUUAUGACAUCUGUUUGGACUUUGGUAUCUUCUUCAGUCACACCUAAUAUUCCAUCUUAUCAAAUAAUCAGUUAUUUUUGGAUUUUAUUCGGCUAUUUUUAUUCCUUAAUUUUCAUUAAUCCAGCAUUUUCUUACUUUUAUGAUGUAAUUUGGAUCAAUAAUAGUGGAUCUAAUAAGGGGUAACCUAACUCUAUAUCUAGAUCGGCUGACUCUAUCUCUCCAUGGGGAAUGUUCGGUCUAAUCCUUAGAUUCUCAUCGUUUAAGUUAUAAAGAAUGUGAAUUUCUUCUAGUAGCGUUUACAUAUAUCUCAAGGUCUUUAUACUACAACGAGUAGCUUAGAUCAGAUUCUAUAUCCCCUAGGUUAUAAUCUCUCAUUCAAGUAGACUCCAAGAAAUCUAGUUUUUCCGAUAAUUGUUAUCUUGUCCUGAUUAAACACAUUUGAGGGAUUCUAGUGAAAUUAAAUAGAGAACCAAGUAGACAAAAUCCAAGAGAUAUUUCCUAUUAGUAGACUCCGAUAAGGAGUAAGAGUAGUGAUACAUUGGAAUGAAGAUGCAUGAAGAAGACACAUUGAGAAACUUAAUAGAAUGUCUGAUUAGGGAAUUUCUCAGGGAAAGGCAGAGAGUAGCCUUGCUAAGACUCUCAGUUGCAACUUGCUGAGAACACAUCUAACUGGAUCUCAUAUAGGGAAAAUAAAUGAAAUCAAAUGAAAGAAGAAGAUAAGAUUAAGCUGUUGGCUUAGAACUUAGGAGAUCUCUGUAAGGAUCGCUUGAGACUUUAUCCACUCAAGACAUUGAUCCUGGUUUGCUGGACCUUUCCGCCUUUAGAAUUUCCUUGACAGCCACCUCGAUUAUUCUCUAAUAUUUUGAGCGCUUCAUUACUUCGUAUCUACAAGGACCAGCUCCUGAUUUAGGAUCUGUUAAGAUCAUACUUUUCAGCUUUGGAGCUGAGGUAGGGCCUACUUCAAGCAAAAGCACUUAGAUAUGUCCUACAUUCUUGGAUUAGAGAUAUAGUGUAGUGGUUAUCACUCCAUCUUUCUAAUAUUCAUAUCUAAUUUUCAAUUGG